UUAAAUAACAUUCAGUGCGCGCGCUCACAAAGCAGCGCAGCAUCAGCAGUAGGCAAAGAACUGACGCGCGCCCCCGCUUCAGCCGAGAGUACCUCUUUAGUCAAGAAAGAGAGCUGGAGCUCGGCUCGUUGGUGUUUGGAAGACGGGGAAAGGAUGUUGCCGUGGUUGGCGAAAAGAACAUACCACCAGAAACAAGAAGGAUAGACGCACGAGGAAACGCCUGUCUUAUAUGAACGAUGAAUCGCAAAAUAUUGGGCUCAAGUGUUUUACUUUUGCUCGGUUUUCAACACUGUUCCUCACGAGACUGUGUUGAUCCACUGGUGGGCCCACUCUAUGCAUCCUCUUUCUCAGCCUCCUCCCGGUAUAGCUUUCUGUACUCUGCAAACUUGGCCAGAUUGUACGGAAGUAGUGGGUGGUCUCCGUCUCCAAAGGACCAGCAGCCAUGGCUCCAUAUUGACCUGCGGAGGAAGUACCGGCUGGUGGCCAUCUCCACCCAGGGCACUUUCAACUCCUACGAUUGGGUCACCAAAUACACCCUGCUGUAUGGGGACCGCCCGGAUUCCUGGACCCCCUAUACCCAGAGAGGGGGGAAUUCGACCCUGUCUGGGAACUGGAACUAUUACCAGGUGAAGAGACACGUUUUCCACCAUGCCUUCACGGCCAGGUACCUCCGCUUCCUCCCCCUGGAGUGGAACACAGGGUCGGGGGGCAAGAUCGGGGUGCGGCUGGAGGUCUACGGCUGUGCCUACGACUCCUAUGUGAUGUCAUAUGAUGGUGAUCAGAUGAUGGCGUACGUGUUCCCGCUGAAUAAGCUGCGCACGCUGCAGGACCUCAUCACCCUGAACUUCAGAACCCAGGAGCGGGACGGGGUGCUGCUGCACAGUGAGGGGCUCCAGGGGGACGUCCUGACCCUGGAGCUGCGGAACUCACGCCUCUACCUGCACAUCAGCCUGGGGCACAGUACUCUUCAGGAGAGGGAAGGCUUGACUACUCUAACUGUGGGAAACCUCCUGGAUGACCAUCACUGGCACUAUGUCACCAUCGAGCGCUACGGUCGCCAGGUCAACCUGACGGUGGACAGCCACACCAAAAGCGCUAUCUGCAAGGGGGAAUUCAUCCACCUUGACCUUGAUACUCAGGUGUACGUAGGUGGAGUGAUUGAGCCUGACAUUCCACACCUUCCUGAGAAGAGCAACUUCCGGGGCUGUCUGGAGAAUGUCUUCUGCAACGGGAUCAACUUAAUCAGCAUGGCUCAGCGGAAAGACCCGCAGAUUCGAUUUCCUCCUUGGCAGAAAACAGUGCAGUAUGCCUGCCAGGACAUCCCGCUGAAGCCACUGAGCUUUGUGGGGCCCAACAGCUACCUGCAGGUGCCGGGGAUGUUUCGGAAGCCCCGCUUGGCUGUAAAGUUCAAGUUUCGCUCAUGGGAUUACACAAGCCUGUUGAUGUUCACUAGGUUUGCUGAUGACAUUGGGUCGCUGGAGCUGGGCAUGAGUGAGGGCCAAGUCAACGUAACCCUUGAGCAGCCAGGCAAGAAACUGCGGUUUGCUGCAGGUUACCGCUUGAGCGAUGGCCAGUGGCACACAGUGGACAUAGUGGCCCGAGACAAUUUUGUGAUGGUGACAAUUGAUGAUGACGAGGGGUCGCCUCUGAAGAUCAGCAGUCUCUUUACAGUGCGCACUGGGGAUCGCUACUUCUUCGGUGGAUGUCCCGCGACUAACACCACGGACACGUGCGAGACCGAGCUGAGUGCUUUUCAUGGCUGCAUGCAGCAGAUAUUCAUCGAUAACGAGCUGGUGGACACGGACACCGUGCUGCAGAGACACCAGGGCCGCUACUCCAGUCUGCUGCUGGGCACCUGCAGCAUCACCGACAGGUGUAUCCCAAACCCAUGUGAACAUGAGGGGAGGUGCGUUCAGUCCUGGGAUGAUUUUAUAUGCAUGUGUGAAAACACUGGAUACAAGGGGGAAGUAUGCCAUAUGUCGGUCUACCGGCAGUCGUGUGAGGCCUACCGGCUGAGCGGGAAAUCCAGCUCUGGAAACUACACCAUCGACCCUGACUUGAGCGGCCCUUUGAGACCCUUCAGCGUGUCCUGCAAAAUGAAAGCAAACAAGGCCUGGACGGUGGUGAGCCACGACCGUGUGGAUAACACCGAGGUGACGGGCUCGUCAGCAGACCGGCCGUACCUGGGGGAUGUGGAGUACCACAACGCCUCCUGGGCUGAGGUCACAGCCCUGGCUCAGGCCUCAGAGUACUGUGAGCAAUGGAUCGAGUUCUCCUGCAACAAGUCCCGCCUCCUCAACACCCCUAGUGGAAAGCCAUUCAGUUACUGGAUCGGUCGUCAUGGCGAGAGGCAGGUGUACUGGGGCGGUUCCUUCCCAGGAAUCCAGAAGUGUGCCUGUGCCAUCAAUCAGACCUGCACAGACCCCAGGUUCCACUGCAACUGCGAUGCAGACUACCUCCAGUGGUCCUCCGAUAGGGGCUGGUUGAACUUCCAGGACCACCUGCCCGUCCAGAGGAUCAUUAUCGGAGACACAAACCGGACGGAAUCGGAGGCCCAGUUCAACCUCGGACCCCUGCGCUGCUAUGGCGACCGAAACACAUGGAACACAGUAGCCUUCACCAAACCCACCUACAUAGAGUUCCCCACCUUCAGGCCUGGCACCACCGCUGACAUCAGCUUCUACUUCAAAACCACGGCGGACCACGGGGUGUUCCUGGAGAACUCGGACGAACACCAUCGCUGCUUCAUCAGAGUGGAACUCAACUCCACCACGGACCUGCUGUUUGUCUUCAUGGUGGGCAACGGCAUUGUAAACGUGACCCUGCGUUCAGCGCGGCCCCUGAACGACGAUGCGUGGCACUGGGUGCAGGCGGAGAUAAACGUGAAGAUGGCGCGGCUGAGGGUGGACCGCCAGCCCUGGGCAGUCCGCCGCUUCCCCGGGCAGACCUACCUCACCCUGGCCUUCACCCAGCCCCUCCUCGUGGGUGCUGCUAAGCACAAACUGAGGGCCUACCUGGGCUGUCUCAGAGGCCUGCGCAUGAACGGCGUGCCCCUUGACCUGGAAGCGAAAGCGGACGAACAGGAAGGAGUCCGGGUGAACUGCACAGGGCAGUGCCUGAACGCAGCAGUACCGUGCCGCAGCGGUGGCCGCUGCAUAGAGGGUUACGCCUCCUACUACUGCGACUGCAACAAUACCGCCUUCGAGGGCUCCUACUGCCAUAAAGACAUUGGGGCCUAUUUUGAGACGGGGUCAUGGUUACGCUACGACAUUCGAAGGGAGGCGCUCUCCGAUGAGGCCGCCUGGACAAGCUCGCCGGACCCACGUAACUUCAGCCUGGGGUUCAACCAGACCAGCGAGGAGAUGGAGUUCAGCUUCAGCACCACCCGAACCCCCGCUGUGCUGCUCUACAUCAGCUCCUCCAUCAGAGACUACGUCGCCCUCAUCCUCAAGCACGACGGCAGCCUAGAACUGAGGUACCGGCUGGGCCAAUUCACCCAUAAAUACCAGGUGUCCCCUCUCAACCUAGCGGAUGGGUUCCCCCACUUCGUCAACAUAACCAGACAUAACUACACCAUACGGACUCAGUUGGAUUACAUGGACCCUAUCUGGGAGAAGAUUCCCCUGCUGCAGGAUUCCAGUUUUUACUCACCCAAGUCCAUGUUCCUGGGGAGGGUGAUGGAGGUUGGGGAUUUAGACCAUGAAAUUCAGAGGCACAACACUCCUGGGCUGGACGGCUGCAUUUCAGGGGUGCGGUAUAAUAUCUAUGCCCCUCUCAAGACAUACUUCCGCUCCAACGAGGCAGAUCCUCCAAUCACCACGCAGGGAUAUGUACUUGAGUCCAACUGUGGAGCCUACCCCCCCAUCCAGGGUCCGGUGCCCCCUGAGGCUGACCCCUGGUACACAGGUCUAGUGUUUGAGUAUAUCCACGAUGACCUGCCCAGUUUGCCAGUGUUAGCACUCAUCGGGCUGCUGUUCCUAGCACUGAUAUGUGUGGUCCUGUAUGCAAUCUACCUGUACCUCUACCGGUACAAGGGCAGCUACCACACCAAUGAACCCAAAAACCUGGAGUCCCCCAGCAGUGCCUGGCCUCUGACUGAGACUUUCCUCAGGGACAAGAACAGCAACCUCCCCCAAACACCGGAAGAGUCCAGGAGCGAGUGAAUUCCCUGACUGGGGGGCU